AUGCGCUUCUUCUCCGCUCUGAGCAGCGCUCUCCUUGUCAGCGCCGCCGCGGCGCAGAGCUGCUCGCCCAGCUCCAGCGACGCCCAGGUCGUGGAGUUCGGCUGGGCCCUCCAGUACCUACUGGAGCGCUACUACUCGUCGCAGCCGCUGAACUCGACCUUCCUCAACAGCGCCGACAACAGCUCCACCGCCAACUACUACACCAACUUCCAGGGCAUCCAGCGCCAGAACCGCCUCGGCGUGCGCGCCGUCCAGCAGCUCGGCUCCAAGGUGCCCGGCUUCACCGCCCCGCGCUGCAACUUCACCUUCCCCGACGCCAAGGACGGCGAGACCUGGGUCAAGAACGCCCAGAAGCUCGAGCAGAACGUCUGCGGCGCCUACAUCGGCCUCGCCGCCUACACCCAGGCCCCAGAGGUCUCCUUCCUCAUGGCCCGCCUCGCCGCCCAGCACUCCGCCCACGCCUACUACAUCACCAGCAACGUCCAGGAGCCCGUCUUCCCCACAAACUCCUCCUCCCUGAUCCCCGCCUACCCGCCCGACUACGUCCUCCAGUCCGGUAACCAGCCCGGCAAGCUCGGCGAGUACCUCAACGGCUGUGUCUCCGCCCCCUCCCCGCCCUGCGGCCAGAAGCUCACCUUCGGCCCGCUCAUCGCCUCCACCGGCGGCGCCAACGCCUCCUCCAGCUCCGCGUCGCCUUCCGGCACCGCCACGGCCUUUGCCAAGCGUCUCUUCUACUAG